AUGACCGACCCCGAAUCGCAUGGGCCGUCGAGUAUUGUCCUGGCGUCCGUAUUUGGUGGCAUUGCGCUGGCUACGGUUGGGGUACGGCUUUGGGCGAGAUGUGUUAUCCAGCGUCGAGGUGGUUGGGAUGAUGUCUGUGCUGGACUGGCUGUGAUCCCUGUUCUCGGGUUAGCGAUCGCAUUUGUCCUGAGCUCGGAAGUCUACGGCGCAAACCUCCACACAUGGGACAAUACACUACCCAAGCUCAUCGCACAACGCCAAGUGGCACUCGCCAUGGAGAUGCUUUACGUGCUCGGCUCUGGAUUCGUGCGAAUUUCCGUCCUCCUGUUCUACCGACGAAUGGGAUUCCGAUCGAUAUCGCAGGGUUUCAUGCUCGCCACGUGGAUCAGUAUAUUCUCCGUCAUUGGAUACAGUGUUGCCUUCCUUGCGGCGAUAUUCGGUUCCUGUCAACCACUCCACGCCUAUUGGGAUCAAAUCAACCCGGUAUGGGCAGCAUCGCAUACAUGGAAAUGCUAUAAUGAAGCGGUACAUAUCAUCGUCGCGACAGGGGUCGCACUCAUCCAAGAUGCGGUUGUGACUACGCUUCCCGCGAUCUUGUGUUGGAACCUGCGGAUCUCGUUCCGUGAGAAGAUCGCUCUAGGUUCCAUUUUCGUUGUGGGAUACUUGACUCCCGUUAUUGCGGGAAUAAGGCUCUACUUCAUUGUCCGAUUGUACUAUGUCUCUUACGAUGCAUCGUGGACUAGUUGGUAUUGCUGGAUGCUGGCGAUGAUGGAAUUGCUUAUUGCGAUUACAUGUUCGAGUUUACCCGCGGCUCGUGUCUUUUUUAACCAGUACAAGCCCUAUGUGGAUUUUGUCGGCACCGCAAGAGGGAUCAAGUCGGUUUUCAGCAGAAGCACAUCUCGAAAGUCCAUCUCCGCUGAACGGUCGAGGCGGGCCUCGUCGAGUACGGUCAAGCUGACCGAGCCGGCCCAUUCUAAAAGCUCAACGACUUUUACAGACGAAGGGUUGGAGAUAGAGCUGGACAGGAUGCAGAAAGUGCCUGUAUAA